AUGUUACAUGGACAGAAAUGGAGAUUAUUUCCUAUGGUUAAAUUAUCAAAUUGGAACAAUAGUAAACGAAUGAAGCAUAAAAAUACAAUAAAUCCAUCUUUAAUAAUCAAUAAUAUGUCAACUUUUUAUUCAAGAGCUUCAAUGAAAUUUAAAAACUUUAUGGUGGGUAAUUUGAAAAAGCCGCCAUCAAUACAACACUUGAUAUAUUCAAUAAAAAAUGUGACUCUACAGAAUAAACAUUUCAAAUAUUAUCAGUAUUCAAGUAAAGAAUUAUUUAAAAGUGAAACUUUCCCCUCCAAUUUCAAUGAACCAACAACAGAUAUAAAAUGGACAACAGUACCACCUAAAACGAAUAUCAAAAAAGUAAGAAGAAUAUGGAACAAUUUACAAGAUUCACUAACCUUACCAUAUGCUACUAUCUCUGGUAUGAUUAACAAUCGGUAUAAAAGGCUAAGAGAUAGUCCUAGUUUAAUUUAUUCAGGAAGUGGUACAUUAAAACAAGCAACACGAUUUAAAACUAUGAUACAAAAAAUUAGAAGUUUUCCUAUUGGAAUUAAAUACAUUGGACAGUCUGUCAACAAUCUAAGACGAAUAGACUCUAUGCAUGACAAUUUAAUGACACAAACUACCAAUGAUGAUACUGAUAAAGUGGAUAUUGAAGAAAAUGAUAACAAUAACAUUGAAGAAAAUGAAAUAUCUAACAACUGGAUGACUAGUGACGAUGCCUAA